AUGAACCCCAGCGACCCCAGCUACUCUUUGGCUUCACUCUACGUGGGGGACCUGCACCCUGAUGUGACUGAAGCAAUGCUCUAUGAGAAGUUCAGCCCGGCCGGGCCCAUCCUCUCCAUCCGGGUCUACAGGGACAGGACCACCCGUCGGUCGCUGGGCUAUGCCUCUGUCAACUUCCAACAGCUGGAGGACGCCGAGCGGGCCUUGGGCACCAUGAAUUUCGAUGUGAUAAAGGGCAAGCCGGUUCGCAUCAUGUGGUCUCAGCGGGAUCCAUCGCUGCGCAAGAGUGGAGUAGGCAACAUAUUCGUCAAAAAUCUGGACAGAUCCAUUGAUAGCAAAGCGCUGUAUGACACAUUCUCUGCCUUCGGUAACAUCCUUUCGUGUAAGGUGGUAUGUGAUGAGAAUGGCUCCAAGGGUUAUGGAUUUGUACACUUUGAGACACAGGAAGAAGCCGAACGAGCGAUUGAGAAAAUGAACGGGAUGUUUCUUAAUGAUCGCAAAGUGUUCGUUGGGCGAUUUAAGUCACGUAGAGACAGGCAGGCCGAACUUGGUGCCAGGGCCAAAGAAUUCACCAAUGUUUACAUCAAGAAUUUGGGAGAAGACAUGGAUGAUGAGAGACUCCAGGAUCUCUUUGGCAAAUUUGGGCCUGCCUUAAGUGUUAAAGUCAUGACCGACGAAAGUGGAAAAUCCAAAGGAUUUGGGUUUGUAAGCUUUGAAAGGCAUGAGGAUGCGCGGAAGGCCGUGGAGGAGAUGAACGGAAAAGACCUCAACGGAAAACAAAUUUAUGUUGGUCGAGCUCAGAAAAAAGUGGAACGACAGACUGAACUGAAGCAGAAAUUCGGGCAGAUGAAGCAAGAGAAGCACAAACCUGAGCAGGUGCCGCAAGACAGAAGCGUCAGAUGCCAAGGCGUUAACCUUUAUGUGAAAAACCUUGAUGAUGGUAUUGAUGACGACCGUCUCCGGAAGGAGUUUUCUCCGUUUGGGACUAUCACUAGCGCCAGGGUUACAAUGGAGGGCGGUCGCAGCAAAGGGUUUGGUUUUGUUUGUUUCUCCUCUCAGGAAGAAGCCACCAAGGCAGUCACAGAAAUGAAUGGUAGAAUUGUGGCCACCAAACCCCUCUACGUAGCUUUAGCUCAACGCAAAGAGGAGCGCCAGGCUCACCUCAGUAACCAGUACAUGCAGAGAAUGGUGGGCACCGGUGCUGUGCCCAGACUAGCCAUCAACCCUUUCCAGCCGGCACAGACUCCUUCAGGUUACUUCAUGACAGCGACGCCACAGACUCAGAGCCGUGGGCCAUACUAUGCUCCCAACCAAACCACUCAGCAAGGACCAAGUCCCCGCGGGAGUACUCAGCGUGCCACAGCUCAUCCAUUCCAAAGCAUCUCUAGUGCCCCCCACCCGUCUACCACCAGUUUGUUCAGUACUUCUGGACCAGCCUCUUCACAGGCUCUACGAAGUGUGUCAACCCAUCGUGCUGCCAACGCAUCCACACAGAUGACGGGCCCACAUUCGUCAGCUGCUUGUGCUGCCGCCGCCCGUGCCGCCCGCGCUGUUACCCAGUACAAAUAUACUUCCGGAGUUCGAAAUCCCCCUCAGCAUCUCAAUACACAGCCACAAGUCACCAUGCAGCGGUCUGCUGUUCCUGUCCAAGGUAAAGAAUCUUUGACCGCCUCCAUGUUGGCAUCUGCUUCUCCUCAAGCCCAAAAGCAAAUGUUAGGGGAAUGGCUCUUUUCUCUUAUUCAAGCCAUGCACCCUGCCCUCGCUGGCAAAAUCACUGGCAUGCUGUUGGAAAUUGAUAAUAUAGAAUUACGCCACAUGCUUGAGUCUCCAGAGUGUCUCCACACUAAAGUUGAUGAAGCCAUAGCUGUCCUGCAAGCCCACCGAGCGGGGGACUCUCCCCAGCAGGCAGUUAGCACUGUUGCCGCUGUCCCAACCACUUAA